CUGUCGUCCUGCCUCCCCACCGAGAUUCUUGACCAUAUCUGCUGCGACAUAGCAUCGCCGUCAGAUCUCUUCCCUCUCCUCCUUACCAACUCUGUUGUCCAUCCCAUCGCUGCUCGUGUGCUCUAUCGCGACCUGGUAAACCUCUCGAAGACCCAGACCGUACAUCUCCUGCAAUCCUUAUCCAAGCCUCCACAUCCCUCGAACGACAAGUAUCUACCUUCCCGCCAUGACUUCGUCAAAAAUCUCGAGAUCAACUUCGACGACUGCACUCUCUUGAUGUCUCUCUUGACGAUGGUUCGACAGACGCUCGAGCGUCUGCCGAACCUGAAGUCUCUUCUAAUCGAGUUUUCUUCUUCGGACAAUCGACGCCCGCUUGCUCGGUUCUUCCCACUCAACGCUCCCUUCAAGUUGCGCUACCUUACCACCUCCGUCAGGUAUGACCCUGAACUGGCCAUGUUCCUCAACGCUCAACCCGAAAUCCAGGACCUUUCACUACGUGGUUUCCAAACCACAGGGGAAUUCAAACUCAACCCUGACGCACUCCCGAAUCUGCGCUCGUUUCGCUCUGUCCACACGGGGCCCUCCGUAAUCAGUCAGAUGAUCACUGGCCGUCCUGUCGAAGCCAUGUCUCUCUCCCUCUACCCCGACGAUAGCCCGGAACUUCUAGAUACUCUAAAUUUACCCUCAACCAAGAUCAAACGCCUCACUCUUUUAAUGAUCGACUGUGCCUCUCCCUAUAACCUUUUCCAACAACUAUCCUCCCGCCUUCCUGAUCUUAUAGCGCUCCACAUCGUGGCGCUGGGAGUAGACUAUAACAUGGUCGACCUGUUCGAAUGUGCCACCACGCUCUCCACUUUCAACAAUCUCCAGUACCUGACGUACAUGGUCUCCGGCCCGCCCGCGACCAUAGCACAGGAAGCCUUACUGGCCGUAAAGUGGGCUGCCGCCUGCCCCACGCUGCGCACGAUCAUCCUCCCGAGAGGGAAGGUGUGGUACCAA